UGCAGGGUUUUACAUGUUCAUCACAUCUGGGUCAGGAGGCCCUGCAUGCCUGCAGCGGCGGGACAGGCGUCUGCAUGUCUGCUGUCAGGACGGACACAUAAAUACCUGGACAUCCAGAGGCUGCUUUCACUGUCAGACUGUCUGCAGGUGAAAGACAGAAGAGGAGGCUGAGACGGCAACAUGGUCCCACUGAGGCUGGUCGCCUUCGGCGUGCUGGCUGCCGCUUGGUAUUUCACUCGCACUGCAGAGGGAGAGGUCAUUUACGCCUGUUUCAAUGAAACCGCUAAGAUGUCAUGUGAUGUUGGCGCUAAGAUAAAGCUGGAUCACAUCCUGUAUAAGGUUGGGGUAGGGACGAGGUGUGGUGAGGGAAAACCCUACCCAGAUGACGGGCCGGACAGCUACUGCUCCUUCCCCUGGGCUGAAAUGGUGGUGGAGGAUCUCUGUGCUAACAGGAGGUCCUGUGAGGUCCCCGUCACUGAGCUGGUGUUUGGUGAAUAUCCCUGUAAGGAGCAGACCCGGUACCUGGAGGUGUCCUACACCUGCGCCAAACCCCCACCUCCUCCACCUCCACCUCCACCACCUCCUCCAACCAAACCUGACUGUGAAGACAAAUCAACAGAUGAAGCCUGAUGCCUUUUUUAAACUUUGUUGUUCAUCACUGUGGACAGAACAGUUUGAAGACACAUCACCUUCAUUUCUAACAUCAGAGUUCAAGUCUCAGUAAAUAAACUUCAUGUUGUCUUUUGUUUUUUAUUGUCUCACAAAACAGAAAAAAAAAUCUUACAUAAUAGAUCUUAAAAUACAAGCUGUUUCUCCGGUUUCAAGAGGCACAAGUGUUUGUUGUGUUUUAGUUAUUGCAUCUUAAUACGUAAAACAUAUCUGAGCUCAUUUACUUGAGAAGGAUUUUAAGUCAAUAAAAGGUUUUUUCUCCUA